AUGUUUGUUGGGCAUUUAUAUUUGUGUAUAGCAUUCCGUCGCCCGGCGAACGGGCAUGCCGUAGCUGGUGUCGAAGCCGCACACUACAAGCCCGUAGCGCGACGAGCGAGUCGAGGACGGUCGCCAGUCGCCAAUCGCCAAUCGCCAUUCUUGUUGCUUCGUCAGUCGUUCCCCGUCAUUCUUCAGUUGCGCGUCGCACGGAACAUACCACGUUCAACGCUGGGGGAGAAAAUGUUUUGCGCGUCCUAG